AUGUUAACAAUGUCUUUCAAUGCUAUCGUCAUUAACAUUCGUUCCCUUUUACCUAAAUUAGAUAUACUUUCAACACUUAUGUUUAUGAGAUCCCCCGAUAUUGCUUUUAUCACUGAAACUUGGUGCACGUCAGAAAUUAGUGAUUCUCAGCUUAACAUCCUAGGCUAUAAGCUUUUCCGCAAGGAUCGCUCGCACAAACGUGGUGGUGGCUAUGCCAUAUAUCUUCGAAAUAACCUGACUGCUAUUCCCGCAGACCAACCUGUGUUCAUUGACUUAGAAGAUACACUAUGGCUAGUGAUCCCAUCUAUUGAUCUUCUAGUGGGUUGUAUCUAUCGGCCGCCCCGAACUACUCAAUUUGCAACCCAAAAGCUAAUCGAUAUGAUCAAUGUUGCUUCCAGCACCACAUACAAAUCCAAACUUAUGUGUGGAGAUUUCAACCUACCACAUGUUAACUGGACGCUGCCUACACUCAGAAACACGACGGAGGUUGAGGAAAUUAUCGCAUGUAUCCAGCUCAAUGGCUGGACUCAGCAUGUUAGAGAGCCAACUAGAAGUGCUACUACCUUAGACCUUGUAUUCACGAUGGGAAUCGCGAACGCUUAUACAUUCAUUGAUAAUCCACUACCUGGCUGUGAUCACAACACGGUGCUUUGUCAUAUGACUAUUGAUUUACCUAAACGACCAAGUAAAAUGCUAGAACCCAUUCGCAACCUCCAUCGUGUGGACUGGAACGCAUUUAAUGAACUUAUCAGUACCAUGAAUUGGAAUACGUCAUUCCUAACUCACAACCCUACUGUGGCUACAAAUGAGUUUAUAAACAAUAUUGCCCUUGUUGUGGAUCUAGUAACACCUACUGUAAGGAGAAAUACCCAUGAACAUAGGGGUGAACUCAAGCUUCUGUCCAAAGCCAAAAUAAAACUAAAGAAACUCAAAUCGAUAUACAGCAGGAACAACAGCUUCGCAACAUUGCUACAAAUACACGAGAACUUACUAUAUUUACAACGUCUAACCCUAACGGUCAAAACCAAAGAAGAAAGCCGGGUACUCAGAAAUCCUGAGAAAGUACGUGCAUUGAUGCAACUACUCAAAAGAAGAAACCCUAAACCAUUUCAGGAAAUUGAAACGUUGGCUCUAGACGAUGGUUCAAUAACGCUUGACAUCUCCUGUAUAUGCGAGGCCAUGAACUCUAGUUUUGCCUCCUCUUUUGUCCCCAACAUUCAGCCACUUCAUCCUCCACUUCCAAAAAGAACGACCGAACUAUACUGCAAUAUCCCUGUGAUGUUAAGAGAGGUGCAAAGUGCCAUCGCAGCCAUAAAACCAUCAACUCAUCCAGGUCCAGAUGGCAUCGCCCCAACUGUUAUAAAACUCGGAGGAAAAAACCUCGCACUAUUGUUACUAAACAGUUUCACACUUUCACUCACUACCGGCUGCUUUCCAGCUCAAUGGAAGCAAUCUAUUAUGAUGCCUAAGCACAAGGGUGGACCGAGAAAUCAAAUGUCAAGCUACCGCCCAAUAAAUCACACCUCUGCUGCUUCCAAAGCCCUAGAGCGAAUAGUCAAGAAGAACAUCGUCCAAUAUCUUACAAGACUGGAUUUGAUCAACCCUUCACAGCACGGCUUUCUCUCAAAACGCUCCUGCGUUACAUGCCAGCUACAAUUUCUCGAUCACAUCACGACUAUGAUUAACAGAGGAAUGGCAAUUAUUAUAAUGCUGUUGGAAUGCAAAAGGCGUUCGACGCGUGCCACACCAGCCACUGCUGUCUGCUCUAGAGUCAUAUGGAAUUGGAAAUCCGCU